GCAAUGGAAUCGGCUCCUCGUUUCAGCCUUUCCCAUUUCCUUUUCUCCCUCAAUAUCUCUUUGGGCAACUCUAGGAGUCUUUGAAGGGAGAGUAAGUGCCAAAGCUAUGAGAAAACCUUGCUGCGAUAAACAAGGCAAUAACAAAGGAGCAUGGUCCACGCAAGAAGAUCAGAAGCUCAUUGAUUAUAUUCAAACUCACGGUGAAGGUUGUUGGCGUUCUCUCCCUGAGGCCGCAGGUUUGCACCGCUGUGGCAAGAGUUGUAGGCUAAGAUGGAUAAACUAUCUUAGGCCAGACAUAAAACGUGGUAACUUUGGACAAGAUGAAGAGGACCUCAUUAUUAAGCUACAUGCUCUCCUUGGCAAUAGGUGGGCAUUGAUAGCAGGAAGAUUGCCAGGAAGAACUGAUAAUGAGGUGAAGAACUAUUGGAACUCUCAUUUAAAGAAAAAGCUAAUAAACAUGGGAAUUGACCCAAAUAAUCAUCGCUUGAACCAAAUUCUUCCUCGUCUUCAAGCUGAGCCUGCUGCUCCUGUUAUUGCUACAUCAACUACUACAGGGUCUAAGAAUAAUGUUGCUGCAAGCAAAACCAAGAAUUUAUCAAAUGGUGACAAUGAUAGGGUUUCUGACACAGCAACUUGUCUCGAAGACGAUUACAAAUCUUUGGUGACACAGCAAGCUGCAACUUCUGGUUCUUCAAGCAUUAAUAUUGAUCUCAACAUUGCAGCUCCAGUUUCUCCGGGUCACAGGACCACUUUUGGAAACAAGCAACAAAAUUGCAAGUGGGGCAAAACUAGCCAAGUUGAGAGAGACCCAUCAUCAUUGCCAACUCUGCUUCUUUUUAGAUGAAGCAAUUUCUCGAUUGUAGGAAGAGCAUGAUUUAAAUCGUUUGGUUUGGAGUACUAAUUUAACUAGACACUUUUUUUUUUUAA